AAAAUAUAAGGAGUCCUCUAUCUCUAUUACGAUCCAAACGAAAAAAAAUGACAAACUCAAGCAAGUACCAAAAAUGGCUCGGAGAAUUUUUGGAAGAAAAUGAUGUUACCAAAUUCGAAUAUACUGCAUACAACAAUAUAAAAAACAUUGAAGCAAUGCAAGGCCGUCGAGAACAAACAAUUCCCGGUACUCCGAUAGAUUUUGCUAGUCUUUAUAAAAAAUGUUGGAAUGCUGAGCCAAAAGAACGGCCGACAAUAAACGAAAUUCUUGAGAAUCUUAGUUUAAUGUCAAAAAUAGAAACAAUACAAUUUAUUAUAAAUCGCAACAGAGAAUCUAUACCUGUCUUAGACGCAAUUCCUUUAUUAGAUGCAACAAAAGAAUUACCACCACCUAUCUUAAAUGCAACACCUGUCUUAGUCGCAACAGACGCAACAAAAGAACAUACACCUAUUUUAAAUGUCUUCGAUACAGCUUUAGAUGCAACAAAAAAACCUAUACCUGUCUUAGAUAUAACAGAAUUAAAUAUUUCCCGUCAUUCAAAGUGGUUCGAACAAAUAAAAGAUAUUAUUGCCAAUUAUGGAUUUUCUGCAUUUGAAAAUAUAAAAGUAAUUGGAAAAGGUGCAUUUGGUGUUGUUUAUUCAGCAGAAUAUCAUGGGAAAAUGUUCGCAUUGAAAAGCCUUGAAAAUGAUAAUGUGAAUAAAGAAGUGUCUAAAGAAUUUAUUAAAGAGACAAUUAUAUGA